UUGUGGGAGCGCGGUGGGUGGCGCGCUCCGGGCCAAGAUGGCGGACGCGUUCGGCGAGGACCUGUUCAGUGUGUUCGAGGAGGAAUCGGCGAAAAAAGGGAAAGGAGAAGCAGGAGGAGGAGGAGGCGGCGGCGGGAAACACGGAAAGACCAACGAUGGAUUGGCUCGAGGAGCAAAUGCCGUCUCCUCUGCCAAGAACAAACGUGACCUGGAGGCUGAUGGUUCAGAAGAUGUCUUGUUUGGGAAAAAGCCCAAACUUGAGGUCAUCUCCAUGGAAGAAAUUAAUCUUGCAGACUUGAUGCCAAAGGUGAAAGUGGAGCUAAUUGAAACUGUAGAGGGCUGUAACCAUGAGGUGGUGCUUCCAAAGGGUGAUGAAUAUCGACAGCUAAAACCUCGCAUAGGAAAAGCAGCAAAGGAAUACCCUUUUAUUCUUGAUGCUUUUCAAAGAGAGGCUAUUUCAUGUAUGGAUAACAACCAGUCUGUGCUUGUAUCAGCGCACACAUCAGCUGGCAAAACUGUUUGUGCCGAGUAUGCAAUAGCACUAGCUUUACGCGACAAGCAACGAGUUAUCUUCACCAGUCCCAUCAAAGCUUUGAGUAAUCAGAAGUACCGUGAGAUGUAUGAAGAGUUUCAGGAUGUGGGACUGAUGACUGGUGAUGUCACUAUCAAUCCAACUGCGUCCUGUCUGGUCAUGACAACUGAGAUUUUGAGAAGUAUGCUGUACAGAGGAUCAGAGGUUAUGAGGGAAGUAGCCUGGGUUGUCUUUGAUGAAAUCCAUUACAUGAGAGAUGCUGAGCGAGGUGUUGUGUGGGAGGAAACAAUCAUCCUUCUUCCAGACAAUGUUCACUAUGUAUUCCUUUCCGCAACUAUUCCCAAUGCACGUCAGUUUGCUGAGUGGAUCUGUCACCUCCAUAAGCAGCCCUGUCAUGUGAUAUAUACAGACUACAGACCCACACCUCUGCAACACUAUAUCUUUCCAGCAGGAGGUGAUGGACUGCACCUAGUUGUUGAUGAAAAUGGAGAUUUUAGAGAAGAUAACUUUAACACAGCCAUGCAGGUCCUGAGAGAUGCAGGUGAUCAAGCAAAAGGUGAUCAGAGGGGUCGAAAAGGAGGAACAAGAGGACCAUCGAAUGUAUUCAAGAUUGUGAAGAUGAUAAUGGAAAGGAACUUUCAGCCUGUUAUCAUUUUCAGCUUCAGCAAGAAAGAUUGUGAAGCUUACGCUCUACAGAUGUCCAAGCUCGAUUUCAAUACAGAUGAUGAAAAAAAGCUGGUGGAGGAGGUAUUCAAUAAUGCUAUUGACUGCUUGUCCGAUGAAGAUAAAAAGCUUCCUCAGGUUGAGCAUGUAUUGCCCCUUUUAAAAAGAGGAGUUGGAAUCCACCAUGGAGGAUUACUUCCUAUUUUGAAGGAAACCAUUGAGAUUCUUUUCUCUGAAGGACUGCUGAAGGCAUUGUUUGCUACAGAGACCUUUGCUCUGGGUAUCAAUAUGCCAGCAAGGACCGUUCUAUUUACCAAUACGCGGAAAUUUGAUGGGAAAGACUUCAGAUGGAUUUCUUCAGGAGAAUAUAUUCAGAUGUCUGGCCGUGCUGGUAGGCGUGGCAUGGAUGAAAGGGGCAUUGUUAUUCUCAUGGUAGAUGAAAAGAUAAGUCCAACUGUUGGAAAACAGCUUCUAAAGGGUACAGCUGAUGCUCUUAACAGUGCCUUUCACCUGACGUAUAACAUGGUUUUGAAUCUGCUUCGUGUCGAAGAGAUCAACCCCGAAUAUAUGUUAGAAAAAUCCUUCUACCAAUUCCAGAAUUACAAGGCAAUCCCAGGAGUGGUUGAAAGAGUCAAGAAAUUGGAAGGGCAGUACAAUGACAUUGAAAUCCCCAAUGAAGAAAGUGUAGUUACUUACUACAAAAUACGACAGCAGUUGGCUAAGCUGGGCAAAGAAAUUGAGGAGUAUGUACGCAAGCCGAAAUAUUGCCUACCAUUUCUUCAGCCUGGAAGACUAGUUAAGGUGAAAAAUGAAGAUGAUGACUUUGGCUGGGGAGUUGUCAUAAAUUUCACAAAGAAACCUAGUGCAAAGUCAAAUACUGGAGACUUGGAUCAAAUUUAUGUGGUUGAAGCUUUGUUACAUUGUAGUAAAGAGAGCCUGAAACUUGCUGCAUCUGAGGCAGCAAAACCAACAAAACAAGGAGAAAAGGGAGAGAUGCAGGUUGUUCCCAUUAUACUUCACCUAAUAACGUCUAUUAGCAGUGUGCGUCUUUACAUUCCUAAAGAUCUAAGAUCAGUGGACAAUAGGCAGAGUGUUCUGAAAUCUAUGCAGGAGGUACAGAAGCGAUUUCCUGAUGGCGUUCCUUUGUUAGAUCCAGUUGAUGAUAUGGGAAUCAAGGAUCAAGGUCUAAAGAAAGUAAUCCAAAAACUUGAGGCAUUUGAGCAAAGAAUGUAUUCUCAUCCAUUGCACAAUGACCCCAAUCUGGAAACUGUCUACAAACUUUGUGAGAAGAAAGCGCAAAUUGCUGCAGAUAUCAAAACAGCAAAGAGAGAGCUGAAGAAAGCUAGAACAGUUUUACAAAUGGAUGAACUAAAGUGCCGUAAGCGAGUGAUCAGGAGAUUGGGUUUUGCUACUUCCUCUGAUGUCAUUGAAAUGAAAGGACGAGUUGCUUGCGAAAUAAGCAGUGCCGAUGAACUUCUUCUGACUGAGAUGAUGUUUAAUGGGAUUUUCAAUGACUUGACUGCUGAGCAAGCUACAGCUUUACUUAGCUGUUUUGUAUUUCAGGAAAAGGCAAAUGAAAUGCCCAAAUUGACAGAACAAUUGGCAGGGCCAUUACGACAGAUGCAGGAAUGUGCUAGAAGAAUAGCCAAAGUGUCAGCAGAAGCCAAACUAGAGGUUGAUGAGGAUAUGUAUCUGGAGUCAUUUCGACCUCAAUUAAUGGACGUAGUUUUCACGUGGGCGAAUGGAGCCACUUUUGCUCAGAUCUGUAAAAUGACAGAAGUUUUUGAAGGGAGCAUCAUUCGUUGUAUGAGACGACUGGAGGAACUCCUUCGUCAGAUGUGUCAAGCAGCAAAGGCCAUAGGAAACACAGAACUGGAAAACAAAUUCUCAGAAGGCAUAACCAAGAUCAAAAGAGAUAUUGUAUUUGCUGCAAGUCUUUACUUGUAACAUCAUCACAUGAGCAGCACAAGUGGUCCUUCCCAUUCAGGGUGAACUCUCUGCCAUCUGCCAGGAGACUUUGUGGCCAGAAUUACUGAGGCUGAUGGUUUUCACAGAGACGUUCUCGAGUGCACAAAUAAGCAUCCCAACACAUGGAGAUUGGUAGACUUUUGUGACUGUUUUAUUUUCCAAUGGAUUCAUGUAUUACCAAACUCAAGCAUCAUCAAAGCAAGCUUCCAACAGUUGAAACUCUGUACAUAAGCCUUGCCAGAUCAUUUAAUAAACAUUUUACAUUUUA